AUGACUGAGACUGAGAUUAAGACAGAUACUUUGCAUGAACAAGCUUCUAAAAGUUUUAGGCGAACCCCGAAUGGCUUGAUCUUUUCAGAAGAUUUAAGAGCAGUUUUCUCAGUGUUUUUAAUCUGCUUAAAUCUGCAAGAUGUGGAUAAAGAAUCGAAGAAGGGAGUUUUCCGCUUCCAAAAGACUGCAUAUCCAUUCUCAUUCUCGAUUCACGACGCAGCGGAGACCAUGAAGCAUUUAGAAUUGCAGGUUGAUAUGAGUGUCACGUGCAUUAGUAUUUCGUAUACCAUCCAACCGGAGAUGGCAUAUUAUCUAUUAGAAGUAUUCAUGGCCGCUAAAUUACUUCAUACGCCUGCCGAUAGAACUCGUUCACUGCCAAAGGAUAAAGUGUUAUUACAACCUACCCCCAAGGGAGUUGCUAUACUUCAAAAAUACGUCAGAGAUACUGGAACAAAGAAAAUUCCUGACAUUCUAACAUCUGAUUUUAAUUCAAUGGAACUGUUCAGUUUUGAAAGAAGUUCUGAAACAGAUUCCAUUAUCCACAGUGACUAUUUGAUACAUAUCUUGUUUAUUACGAUGAUGGGGUUUUCGCCAAACGUUUGGUCACCAUCAAACCCAAGUGAUAAAAUCCCAUGUUUAUCAAAGCUUUUGGAGUAUAGUAAUAACGACGAUUUAACUUUUGAAAAUUUACAAUUUACAAAUUUUGAUCAAUUUCAAGCGACUAAAACGGAGGAGGAGUUCAAUUGGCAGGAUCACAUUUCUGAUGCAAGGUUACAUGAUGAGAAUAGGAUAUCACCAUUUGCACAUAGAUUUUUCACAAAUCCUGAUUCAGAUUCUCACGUUCAGUACUACACUUCUAAUUGUGGACUAAGGUUGUUCAGAAGUAAAUCAUAUGGACCAAAUAAGACUUUAAUCGAUUAUAGCUUUACUACAAAGGCACUUUGGCAAUGGCUUAUGGAUUGUACUGAUAUAAUGUAUCCAAAGGAAGCAGUUUCUGUGGCGGCGAUUUUUCUUAAAUGUGGCCUAAUCAUACCGCUUUUGGAUAAUUCUUCUCCAAGGUCAAGAUUUUACAUUAGUAGAUCUUGUCACUAUACGUUUUCGAGACGUGGAUGGGAUGUUUGCCAAUGGAAUAUUGACAAUAUGGGGGAAAUCUCUAGUCCUCCUUCCAGUGUAGAUGGUAGUGGCGGAAGCAAAAGGCCCAAAAGAGAAUCUAAUUUUUCAGACACUACCACAGCUGAAGAAAACAUUUUCCUAAAGGAUACCCCCUGUUCAGAUUCUGAUAAGACGAUCGUUUCUCCCGAAUAUAGGUUUAGAGAAUUUGAUGAUGUUCUAAACGAUCCAGGAAUGAGGUACCUCUUUAGAAGACAUCUUGAAAAUGAAUUCUGUGUAGAAAAUUUGGAUGCAUUUUUUGAAAUUAAGAAAUUUUCUAAGAAAGUGAAACUUUUGGAGAAACUAAACAAUACCAGAAAGACCGGUGGUACUCAUAGAGGUGGCAAGGGCAAAGUUUCAGAUAUUAAAGCUGUAAUAGAUACUGCCCUUGCAAAACAGGCAAAUGAAUGCCUUGAGAUCGGAUACCAUAUUUAUGCAUCUUACAUCUCAGUUGGAUCACCAUAUCAACUUAAUAUCGAUCACACCUUAAGGGAAUCGAUUAGUACAAUAAUGUUACAACCAAAGUUACCACUUUCAAAAAACUUUUCUUUCAAAAUUGAUGUUCAAGAUAUUUUAUCAAUCAAUGAAGGAAAUUUGGGAAUAGUAACGAGUCCCUUGCAGAAACCAGAACCUGCACUACUUCGUGAAAGCAUGUCCAAAACAAAAACGAAGAGGAGAGCUUCUGUAACGAAGUCCGUAUUUAACCCUAUGGAUGUGGAUUCAGAAGCAGAGGGGGAAGUUUCACCUAGAGAGGUUUCCGGUACGAGUUCGUUUGUCCCCGAAGUUCAAGAGGAUAAAACCUUAGUUACCGCUAUUGAUAUGAUAAGAACACUAUCACCUCUUUUCGAAACCUUAAACCAAAGUCUUUAUCGAUUGAUGAAGGUGGAUUCAUUACAAAAAUUUUUGAAUUCAAGCGUGUAUCAAGGGGCGGUUAGUCUGGCAGAUAUAUAG